AUGAGCCCUUUCAAGCAAGAACAGCACCCACUUCCCCCUGAAGAACACCCUAGGUUUUCCCAGAUCAAACAGGCCCGAAGCUCUUUGUCAGAUGCUGAAACUGCACUGACACUCCCCGGAGCAUCUCAGUGCCCUAUAGUUGAUGGACUAGACAAAGCCUCCAUAGCAAACUCAGAUGGCCCCCCAGCAGGUUCCCAGACACCUCCCUUCAAGAGGAAGGGGAAACUGUCCACCAUUGGUAAAAUCUUCAAGCCUUGGAAAUGGAGGAAAAAGAAGACCAGUGACAAAUUUAGAGAAACCUCAGCAGUACUGGAGAGGAAGAUAUCCACCCGGCAGAGCAGAGAGGAGCUGAUAAGAAGGGGCCUGCUUAAAGAAUUGCCUGAUCAAGAUGGAGAUGUAACAGUUAACUUUGAAAAUUCAAACGGGCACAUGAUACACAUCGGAGAGGAAUCUACCCAAGAGGAGAAUGUAGGGAAACCCGAAGAAGGGAAUGGCUCUGUGUGUGAGAAAACACCACCUCGGGAGGAAAAGGCAGAAGAUAAGAAAGAGAACACUGAAAUCCACUCUGAAACACCGGCUGCUCCUGCUCUACCUCCUACAGCUCCUCCUAAGCCUAAACCCAAACCUAAACCCAAAAAAUCUCCUGUGCCUCCCAAAGGGGCCACUGCUGGGGCCAGCCACAAAGGGGAUGAAGUGCCUCCUAAUAGAAAAAAUGCCAAGGCUCCCAGUAAGCAGGCCCCCACCCUUCCACCCAAGCCAACAAGCCGAAACACAACCCGGGAGGCUGCUGGCUCUUCUCAUCCGAAGAAAACAGCUGGUUCCAAAGCAUCUGCCUCAGCAUCUGCUUCCUCCACCUCCUCUCGUCCCAAAGUGUCCAAGGAGUCAGUUGCUAGCAAAACAGGCAUAGUGGGGACCACCAGGGGCAAGAAAAAAAUUGGCAAGCAGCCAACAGCAUCCCUACUGUCCUCAGACACCACCACGGCUGACACGUCUAGUCUUAAAGAAGAGCCGUCAGACACUGGGAUAGAGAGUCUCAAACAAGAAGAGACUGAUGCUGGAGCUGAGGAGCAGGCCACAGGCAAAUCCAAGGCUACCGUCCCUUCAUCUCCUGUGGCACCACUGCCCUCACCACCUGCCCUUCCUCUGCCUCUUGAGGAUCAGGGCAUUGUUGCCUUGGACAAUCCUACGGUCCUGGCCAGUGAUGGGCCUACCCUGCCUGUCUCUGCCUUAGACCCAAGUCAGCUCCUUCGGACAGAAGAACAGGCAAACAGAAUAAGUUUUUAUUCAUUUACAGCUCUAUCCAUAACACAGACAUCUCUCAAAUGCUUUACUAAUUUGGCAACCAAAGAUGAACUGGGAAAGGCUGGACCUCAGUUACUGACCCCCGGGGAGAUGGGAGAGUCUUCAGAAUCCUUCAGUGCCCCAGAUGAUGAGGCCCCAAGAGACUACCAAGCCAAUGACUCUGACUCGGAUGGACCCAUCUUGUACACCGAUGAUGAUGAGGAAGAGGAUGAUGAUGAUGGCAGUGGAGAAAGUGCUUUGGCAAGUAAGAUACGACGAAGGGAUACUCUUGCCAUCAAACUUGGUAACAGACCGUCCAAGAAAGAACUAGAGGAUAAAAACAUCCUGCAGCGAACAUCUGAAGAAGAAAGGCAGGAAAUAAGACAACAGAUUGGGACCAAGCUGGUCAGGAGACUCAGCCAGAGGCCAACAACUGAAGAAUUAGAGCAAAGAAACAUCUUAAAACAAAAGAAUGAAGAGGAGGAGCAAGAAGCAAAGAUGGAGCUCAAACGGAGACUCAGCCGGAAGCUCAGCCUAAGACCUACUGUGGCAGAGCUACAAGCCCGAAGGAUCCUUCGGUUUAAUGAGUAUGUAGAAGUCACCGAUUCUCCCGACUAUGACCGCCGAGCUGACAAGCCCUGGGCCAGGUUGACACCUGCAGACAAGGCAACAAUAAGAAAAGAACUAAAUGAGUUUAAAAGCACAGAAAUGGAAGUUCAUGAAGAGAGUCGACAGUUUACAAGGUAUUUCUCCAGUGACUGCAAGGUCUCACACUAG